UGUUCUUAUAGCAGGGACUGUUAAAAAAAAUACAUACACUGUGCACUAUUUCUCUGCACCGUCAUGCAACGUUUGACAGAACCCUGCUUUAGCAAGUGACGUUCUAAUAAGAAGGAAUUACGAAGAGCGCUUGAAUGCGUCGCAUUUAGUCGCUAUUUUGAUUUCUCUUUACGUAACACUUAUUUACUUUCUCUGCAGCAUAGCUUUGAGUUCUGUCGUUCACAGAAGAGCAACAAAAUUUGGCCAUGCGGGUGGCAGUGAUCGGUGCGGGGGUCAUCGGUUUGUCUGUGGCCCAGAGCAUUUACCAGCAUUACCACGACAAAGUCAGUCCGUUGGCUAUAGAGAUCUAUGCAGAUGUCUUCACCCCGCUCACAACCAGUGACGGCGCAGCAGGUCUCUGGCAGCCAUACCUCUAUGACAGGGGCAACAUCCAGGAAACGAAAUGGAACAAAGAAACAUUUGACUAUCUUCUGAGCUUCCUCAACUCUCCUGAGUCAGUUAACAUGGGCAUAUUCCUCCAGUCAGGCUACAACCUCUGUACCGAGCAUGUACUAGAGCCCUCAUUUAAAGACAUUGUCCUGGGAUUUCGUGAGCUCACCCAACGAGAGCUUGAUAUGUUCCCAGGAUACAGAUUUGGUUGGUUUAAUACUGCUCUAAUGGUGGAAGGGAAGACCUACCUGCCCUGGCUUAUGAACUGGUUGACACAAAGAGGCAUCAAGUUUCACCACAGAAAAAUUAAUUCAUUUAAAGAGCUGGCUGACAGUGGAGCAGAUGUCAUCAUCAACUGCUCUGGAGUCCGAUCAGGUGAACUACAACAUGACCCUGAGCUCACUCCAGGCCGAGGGCAGAUCAUUAAGGUGGAUGCACCUUGGCUUAAGCACUGGAUUCUGACGCACAAUUUCCAAGAGGGAAUUUACUGUUCACCUUAUAUCAUCCCAGGGAGUCGUCUUGUGACUGUCGGUGGAACUUUCCAGAAGGGAAACUGGAGUCAUUGGAACAAUUCUAUUGACCAUAAAAAAAUCUGGGAGAAAGCCUGUGAACUGGAGCCCAGCCUAAAGCAUGCACGUAUUGUGGAGGACUGGACUGGUCUUAGGCCUGCACGCAAUAAAGUGAGGUUAGAGAGGGAGACCCUGCAGUCUGGAGCAAAAACAUUUGAGGUCAUCCAUAACUACGGCCAUGGAGGUUAUGGUCUGACCAUCCAUCGCGGCUGUGCAGAGGAGGCUGCCAGGCUGUUUGGAGAGAUCCUGCAGCCCAAAUCCAAACCUAAAUCUCGACUCUAAUCCAAGGUUUAAGACUAUCACCCUAAUUUAUCUUUAAAUCUUCUACUAGAAAAAAAAAACCUUCAUGAGAGGAGAACCAGAGAUCCAUAAAUCAAACUGUAUUUGUGCAAAAUGGUCAUUUUUUUAAAAGUAAUCCUUUUUUUUUUUUUUACUUCUAAUCCUACAUUUUUGCCCUCCGAAUCAUGUUUGAAAGUUUUUUUUCAAAUACACAUGAUCAAAUGACAUACUGUACUAAUGAUACAACAGUUGAAAUUAAAAUGGCAGGAACUCUUU